AUGAUUAUGAUUCAGAUGAUGGCACAGAUUCAUGAAGAAGAUCUGAAGAACGUGCCUAUUCGCAUUAAACUUCCGGAAAAGAAGGAAAAGGUUCAAAACAGACAGGAAACCCCAGAGAGAAAAGGCCGAAAGAAGAUGAAGGUGCAGGAAAGGAAGCGUGGGAAGACAAGUAUUAUUGACACUAGUGACCAUGUUCAUCUGCUUCUGUGGGAUGUUGCAGUUUGCCUUCCAGCUAGGAACAUACAUGGCUUACCCUUGAAACUGAAAGCUGUGACAGCAGGAAAGAAAACCAUUAGAAAAAACACACCAUUGCCUAAGCCAAAAAGAUGUGCGAACAAGGAUUCUCCAAGGAAACAGGCACCAUGGGCAAUCUUUGAGGAUAAGGAAGACCGUCAAGUAAAUCUCAAUCCCCCCAAGAAAGACUUUCAACAGAACGUGGAUACUACAAGAAGGAGGUUAUUGUUGGCCAAUGAUGUUGAGCAGAACCCUGGACCGACUACUAGAGUAGCAGAAACCUUCAUCAGCAUUGAGGAUUGGUUGUCAACACUACCAGAGGGUCAGCUCCAUGACACAACAGAUUUACUCUCAUGCCCCAUUAAUUUGAGAGUGGAGUUGAAUAUCCCUUUCUUCAAUGGUGAGUCCUGUGACCUUCCAGCCUCUGGACCAUAUACUGUAGCUGACCAUUUACAAAACAUGGAAAAAGUAAGGUUUGUGAAAGAGAUGGUUGUUCCGUAUCUCCCAGAUGCAGGCAAGGCAAUGGGAAAUGACGGGCCAAACAUUUUUGUUCAACAAGGAUUACAGUAUGUAGGUAAUUCGCUAGUUGAAAUGUACAAAGGUAAGAAUUUGCGUAAGUAUUAUGUGUUAGCUGGUGAAGACAGCUUGCCAGUUAUGGUAAGGUUAACUUUUAAUAAAAGUAAGGGAACCUACAUAGUGACUUGUGACAGUGGCCAGUGCAAGGCAGGAAAGGGUCAUAAGAAAUAUGUCGGCAACUUGCUCACAUCAAAGGUUUGUAAACAUCUGUCUGUUCUAAAAUCACAAUCAGAGCACUGGCUUGAUCUUCUUGAGGAUGGAGUUGAUGCUGGUGAUGGAGAUAGUUCAGACUGUGACAUGGUUACAAUAACUCCAGUGGCAAAUUUUACUGAUGAUGGUGAUGAAGUUGAAAGGUUAGAAACGUUUGAAGUUGAAAGUAGUACUGGGCCAAGUGAUAGUGGUGGUGGUGGUAGUAGUAGUAGUUUACACUAUUUUGAAGAAGAAACCGGGCUUUGGAAUUUUCCUGCAAAGAGCAAUCAUCUUCCCUGUGAGCAAGGAAUCAGUAAGUUGAUGCUUAAUACCUGCAAUCGUGACACCUGGUCAACUCCUGAUUGUGAGAGAGAUGCAAACGGAUGUGUGUAUGGGGUAGAGCUAUCUCCAUCUGUUCCUGAAGGUAAUUGUGAUUGCGGUGCUGGGUGGCUAGAUGAGAACAAUCAGGGUAAGACUUUGAAGGAGCGUCCAGUACCUUUGACUGUUUAUACAGGUACAGCUCCGGUCAAAUGUAUGAGAGCAGCACAUUAUUACCAUGACAGCAGGGAGGAUCAACCAAACCAGUGUCGACUUACUGCUUUAGUUCAUCUUUCUCUCUGGACAUCAUCUUAUAAAGAAUCUUAG